AUGUCAUCUUUUAAUAUUUCGCGAUUCACAUCUUUGGGUUCGCGUCCAAAACAUACAUUUAAAAAAGUUACUAGCGGUAAGGUAAAUUUUCUAGAUGCGAAUGAUGAAGUAAAUGAAGAAAAUAACGCGAGAGUAGUCGAGGAUAAGGUGACAAAAGAUUCGUUCAAUGACAUAGCCAACACGAUUCCGAGUUCAGAAGAGAAACAAGAAGGUUCGACUUUUAUUUUAGGGCAAAUUAUUUCUCAAAAUGAAUUGGCACUAGCACAAUCAAAUACCAAAUAUGAUAUUUUCGAUGAGUUUUUAGAGCUUGGUAUAAGUAAAUCCACCAAUAAGACAAAGAAUGAAAUAAAAAUCAAGAAAAUGCGUGAUGUCGGCGUAGACGUAAAUGAUACGACUACCAAAAAUAACAAACGGGGAAUUGAGAAUGACGACGUUGUACGAAAAGAAACCAUCACCAGACGUGCUUUAAAGGACAAAUCAAACAAAAAAAAUGAUGGCACGAAUAAAAAAAACGAAAUCGUUGUUAGAUCUGCACUUGUAUCUGAGAAAAAUCGAGAUAAAGAUGUGUUGCGUGUCGGCUUCAAGAUUCACGAGGAUAAUAGUGAGAUAGAACCUGGAGAGGUAAAGAAUAAAAAUGUGUUGCGUGUCGGCUUCAAGAUUCACGAGGAUAAUAGUGAGAUAGAACCUGGAGAGUUGCAAGAACAAGAUUAUUUAAAUGACACAUAUAUUUCGGAAGACUGGCGUGAUAUGAAGCCAAUCAUGACAUCAACCCCUGUAAAAACUGCGGAAGAUUCGCAAUAUCACACAAACAAUGUAUCUUCAGCAUCACUCGAAGAAGUCGGUAACAUCUUACCAUCGGAUGAUGAUGAUUUAUCACCAGAUCCGCUUACGCUUCCAAUGCGGCCGGAAGACCGGAGGCUGCCACCGCCACCAAAAGGAGGAUACCAGAUUAUAAAAAGGAUCCUAGAUAAACCGUUGACGCCAACUUCAGAGGUUGAUGAAUUGUCUGGUGCCCUUACAAUAACUUGUAAAGGCGUAUCAUCACUAACCCAGGACGCAAGUCGUCUUCUUCACCAUCUCCCUCAAAAGAAUUCGAGUUGGCUGGCUGUCACCAUACUUAACCCAGAUUUUGAAGAUAAUCCACCAACACCAUAUGAUCUAACACUUGCAUCUCUCUUGUCGGCAGGUCUUCAUAUAGGACAUUCAAAAUCUUUAUGGAAUCCUAAAACAUCUCCAUUCAUUUUCGGUAUUCGUCACGGUAUCAGCAUUAUAAACCUUGAUCAUACUUUGAUUUACUUGCGUCGUGCAUGUAAAGUCACUCGAGAAAUAAGUUAUCGUGGUGGUAUAAUUCUAUUUAUUAACACACGUGGAGGUGGAUUCGCUCUUGCAACAAUCAACGCUGCAAAACGUUGCAAUCAGUUUCAACUUACAACACGUUGGUUACCUGGUACCAUAACUAAUUCACAACAAAUUCUGGGUCAUUUAAUGCCAAAAGAACCUGAUGAAAUGUUACCAAAAGUUUUUAAACCAGAUUUAAUAAUAUUAUUAAAUCCAUUGGAAAAUACCAUUGUAUUGGAAGAAGCAAAACAUGGUAAUGUGCCCACAAUUGGAAUUAUAGAUACAGAUUUUGAUCCUCAGAAAGUUAGUUGGCCUAUACCUGCUAAUGACGAUUCGGUGAGAGGUGUGGAAUUAAUUGCAGGUGUUCUAAGUAUGGCUGCUAGGGAUGGUCUUAUACAUAGACGAAAAAUGAUGGAAAAAAUAGAAUCACAGAGAAUUAAAACUAGAUCUACUAUC